ACACACACCCUACACCCCCUUAUAAUGGCCAAUGUGGGCCACUUUACGGACAGAAACAAGGACAUUCGUGCUGCUGGCUUGAGUUCCUCAGGCCUGAUCGGGAAUGGCGCCAAAGACUGUCUGAUCUUCAACCAUUCGGAGGAGCUGGCCGAGCAUCUGGUUCGCGCCGAUUGUGCCCAGAAACAUCCCAGACCGGAGGGUCCUCGCACUCCCAUCAAGCCGGACAGCUCUCUCAAGGAUCUCCUGACGAGUGAGUUGCGCAAGUCCCGCUUCGUGUCCUUCAAGGAGAAGUUCUACGAGGAGCUGUACUUCAAGAAGCCCAUUGUGGGAGAGGUCAAGCCGGCCUACACGAAGCCAGACAGUGUCACCAACUUGAGCCAGACCUUUGGCAGGCCAUCGAAUUCCACGGACUCCCUUUACUCCCUGAUCAUGCCCGUUAAGUCGGCCGAGGAAGUGAAUCGGGAGUACGGAGAAUUCCAUGACAAGCACAUCGUCAGCCACAAUCACUACUUUCCCGCUGAGCAAAUACGUCGAAACUACAAGAAGCCCUUUGAUCCCUCCGACAUCUUUGGGGACUGCCAUCAAGCUCUGGACACGGGCUUGAAUGUAAAACACUGCUUAGUGGAGGGAGAGAACCAUCUGAAGGUGAUUGGCAAGGCCCAGGUGGACUUUAUGAAUCGCACCGAAGCUCCACUGGGCAAGAAGUUUAAAUCGUAUCCUUCGGAGGUUCCGGAUAUGGUGUUCGGGCGACCCAACCAGAGCAACGGCAGUGUGAAGAUGUUGAUAGACAAUGUGGUACCCUGUGAGAGCGCCAACUUCCUGAUGGCGGCCAUCAGAUAUCUGAAGACACUACGCCAGGGUCUCCGCAAGAGGUCCGACUUCCAUAUGCGUAUCCUGUACACGGCCCUGGAGCGCCAGGAUCUCGAUCAGACUGGCCAGCUGCCGCUGGACCGCAUCUUGGAGACUCUGCAGAAGUUCAAUGUGCGGGUCGAUGCUCGGAAGUUUCGGAUCUUAAUCUCCCACUUCCGGAUGUUUGUGGACGAGGGCUGUGCCACGGAGCGUCUCAGCUACGAGGACUUUUGCCGACUGCUCUCCAUCCAGGACCCCCUGCCCCAGGGGGCCUGCCUAAGCACCUUGGCGAAUGGCAAUAGCCUCAAGGACACCACCUACCGUCUGCUCUGCGCCGAUCGCCACAAGACACCCAACCCGGUUCGGGUUAACGUGACGACCCCCGAGAAACUGGAAGCUGGCAAUACUCAUGUGAAGGAUCUCAUUGCGCCGGAGGUGGGCACUCUCCGGGGACUGGGACCCAUGGACUUUGAGUGUCUGCGAUCCAAGUCGCAAAUCCAACAAAUCUUCAGAAGCCUCAUCUCCGAGGAGACGUUCCAGGUAGUGUGGCAGCAACUUAUGGCGAAGGAACAGGAUCAGGAGAAGGAUCAGGUGGCUUCCGUGAAUCAGUUUCGAGAUCAGAUGCAUAUUUUUGAAGCAGAGACUUCAGAUAAAUUGGUCUAA